AUGGGACUGGUUUCCAUUCGAGAGAUUAAGUGUAAGCGGUUUAGCAAGUACAACUUGGAGGUCCAGUGCCGGCUUCACUGCCAUCACAGCGACCUCAGGUCUGACGUCUCCUCUCUGAAGGCAGUUGACCUGGUUGUUCAGCUGUCCCCUGCUCUAAAAACCAAGCCACACGUGGUUGACUUCGGGACUGUCUUCACCGACCACAUGCUGACUGUCGAGUGGAGCGUGACCGAGGGCUGGCAAGCCCCGUUCAUCAAGCCGUUCACAAAUCUUUCCCUCCACCCAGCCUGUUCCUCGCUACAUUAUGGCAUUCAGCUGUUUGAAGGCUUCAAGGUAUACCGCGGAGAUGACAGCCGACUGCGUCUCUUCCGACCGAUGCUCAACAUGAGCCGCAUGGCUGACUCUGCCAAGAGAGCUUGUCUGCCUGCCUUUGAUCAGACAGAGUUGCUGGAGUGUAUCAGGAGAUUGGUAGAGAUUGACCAGGACUGGGUCCCUCAAUCAGACUCAGCGAGUCUGUACAUAAGGCCAACAUUUAUUAGCACUGAGCCUUCUCUGGGCGUAAAGCGGCCUGGCCGUGCCUUGCUGUAUGUGAUCUUGUGUCAAGCUGGCUCUUAUUUCAACUCUGAGGCAGAUGCCAUCUCCCUGUGGGCUGACCCAAAAUACACACGGGCCUGGAAAGGAGGAACUGGAGACUGCAAGAUGGGAGGGAACUAUGGAUGCUCCCUGUUCGCCCAGUACGAAGCAGAUGAUUACGGGUGUCAGCAGGUGCUCUGGCUGUAUGGACAGGACCACCAGAUAACUGAGGCAGGAACUAUGAAUAUUUUCCUGCACUGGAUCAAUCAGGAUGGAGAGGAGGAGCUUGCAACUCCACCUCUGGAUGGCAUCAUUCUCCCAGGCAUUACUCGACGGAGCAUCCUCGAACUAACCAGGAAAUGGGGUGAGUUUAAAGUGACAGAGCGCUACCUCACCAUGAGCCAGCUAUGCUCUGCUCUCAAACAGCAGCGGGUCAAAGAGAUGUUUGGCAGCGGGACUGCCUGCAUGAUCUGCCCUAUUGGACACAUUGUCUACCUGGGAGAGAACUUGCAUAUCCCCUGUCGAGAUAAGCACUCAGUGAAGCUGACAUCACGGCUCACAAAAGAACUCACGGAUGUACAGUACGGACGCACACCUAGUGACUGGACUUUCAUGGUGUAG